AUGUUAACAAGAGGAUCGUUAGGACAAGAUAGACAAAGUUGGUUACCGCUAGUUUUGUCCAGAAUUUAGAUAAAACUGCUUUAAAGAAGGGAAUAAUCCAACAUGAUCAUUUUGAUAAUGUUGAAAAAAUCAACAGCUUGA